AUGGCUGGAUCGCUGGUCAUCCAAUCACAAGCUUUGCACGGCUCCAGAGAAGGACCUACAGAAGACGAGGAGCUCAAAGGAUACCAAUACUUGUAUCGUGAGGUCCAAAUAAUACCAGGCGACUCCAUUUCAGAUUGCAAGCGAGCCCUAAAGAAACAGCUUAUAAAUACUGUGGACUUGAUUGAUACACGGCAUAUAGGCAGGGAUGUCGAAGUAUGGCAAGACUUCGAAGCGUUUCGCCACUAUACCCUUCAGGAUAAACACAAAAUCAGUAUAGCCGAGGCCAAGGAGGGUGGUGGCUAUCUCGAAUCAUUGUUCCAAAAGUUGAGAGGUACUAGGAAGCGCGGGAAGAGAGAUGGAGCAAAGGCUAAAGUUCAUUUCUGGCCAGGUUACUAA